AAUUAUAAAAUGAUGAUCUCCGUGUGUAAAAACCGAUGAAUCAAGGUUUCCCAAUCAUGCCAAAUUGCUAAGGAACGCAGAAAACCCCAAGCCCGUACCUUUCUGAAACCUCACUCCUCUGCUUCUUCAAUUCAUCGGGUAAGCUCUAUUAUUCUUUAAUUCCCACUCGAAUGUGAUUUUCCCCCUCAAUUUCUGCUUCCAAUUUUGCCUCAAUCCCCGCUCUCGGGUUUCGUUUCCUUUUCAAGAAACCGAAACCCUAGACGAUUUUCCCUGCCAGUGUUUGGGUAAUUGAGACCCUAAUAUUGGAAAUGAAAGCGCCAAAUGCUUUGUUUGGUGCAAGACGCAGAAAUUUUCACGGGCUUUUCAACGGAUUGUGUGCCAUGGUCGUGUUUUUCUUCUUUUACAAUCGGGAAGACAUCAUUCGCAACCCUCUUCUUAGGCAAUCAUCGUUUUUUGUGAACCAUGGUUCGCCCCAAAAUUCGAAUUUGAAAGAUGCGCCUUCCGUGAUUCACCGUCGAAUGGUUGAAAUCCGCCCCAACUCUUCAAAUGUAGCUGGUGGCGAAGAUUUAGGCGUGAGUAGUUCUGGAUUAUGUGCUGGGUUGGUCCACCAUGAUGGUUAUGCUAGUUCCUGUGAAUUCUUGAAGGUCAAUCCACAAUGUUCUUCUGAUGGGUAUCUUGAUUACUUGAACUUUUUCUAUUGUACAUGUCAGAGUUUUAGAGUGUUUGGUUAUCUAGUAUUGGGUGUGUGGCUUGCUGCUUUGUUUUAUCUCCUGGGGAACACUGCUGCAGACUAUUUUUGCCCUUCUCUUGAGCAGCUCUCAAGGCUCUUGAAACUGCCUCCAACUGUGGCUGGGGUUGUGCUGCUUCCACUUGGGAAUGGAGCACCUGAUGUGUUUGCAAGUAUAGCUUCCUUUGUGGGUGCUGAAAGUGGUGAAGUUGGUCUUAACAGUGUGUUGGGUGGUGCUCUUUUUGUUACCACUAUUGUUGUUGGAGCUGUUUCGCUGUGUGUUGCGGAGAAGGGGAUUGGAAUCGAUCGAAGAUGCUUUAUAAGGGAUGUGACUUUCUUUCUAGUCACACUUGUUUCGCUGCUUUUGAUUUUGGUUGUUGGUAAGGUGGGUGUUGGAGCGGCCAUUGCUUUUGUGUCCAUAUAUAUUGUUUAUGCAUUUGUUGUUGCUGCCAAUGAGUUAUUGAGGAAACAUGCACAGAGGUUGAAAUUGGAUGCUGUCACACCUUUGCUUCCUGUACAGGGAAGUGUGUUCUCUCUAGGUUCUGAAGAGGAUACUUCUAUCUAUAGCUCUUUGCUUGAAGACACCGAUAGUGAUCCUCCCCACCUUCCUCCAUCCUUGCCGCAGUGGAUGUGGUCUUCAAAUGUGGCUAUAUAUUCAAACCAGGGAAGCGUCCAUUAUUUGGAUGAUGAGAGGCCCCCCUGGGGAUGGAGUGAUGGGUCCACGGAAAACAGCAAGAUGUCGUUCUCCGUUUCCAAACUUUUUCUGCUGCUGGAGAUUCCACUGGCAAUUCCUAGGCGGUUAACAAUUCCAAUGGUCAUUGAGGAACUAUGGUCAAAGCCUUAUGCUGUGGCCAGUGCUUCAUUGGCUCCCAUUCUCCUAGCCUUUCUGUGGAGCACCCAAGAUAAUGUGAGUAAUCAUGGUGUCAUUCUUUCUUAUUGUGCGGGUGUUGCUGUUGGAUGCACAUUAGGUAUCCUUGCAUAUAGAUUCACAGUGUCGGAUCAUCCACCGCCUCAGUUUUUGCUCCCUUGGGUUCUUGGAGGAUUCAUCAUGAGCAUAGUGUGGUUCUACAUAAUAGCAAAUGAGCUUGUGGCUCUACUGGUAGCGUUUGGUAUAAUUUUCGGAGUUAAUCCAUCCAUUUUGGGAUUAACCGUACUAGCAUGGGGAAAUUCAAUGGGAGAUUUGAUGUCAAAUGUUGCAUUGGCAUUGGAUGGAGAAGAUGGAGUUCAGAUUGCCUUAUCUGGAUGUUAUGCGGGUCCUAUGUUCAACACACUUGUUGGUUUGGGGAUCUCGUUGCUGAUUGGGGCAUGGUCAAAGAAACCCUCUUUGUAUGUGGUGCCUGAAGACAGGAGCUUAUUUUACACCAUGGGAUUUCUGAUCACAGGACUGUUAUGGGCACUUCUUGUUUUACCUCGCAACAACAUGCAUCCCAACAGAAUAUUAGGAAUGGGUCUCGUCACCCUGUAUUUGAUAUUUCUUUCUUUCAGGGUGUGCACUUCUAUGGGGCUUAUAGCCUUAGCUGGUUUAAGUUGAGUUUAUUGUAAUGGAUCUAAAUCAAAACGAGCGUGUUUUCUACAUCUCUUUGCGCCAUGUGCUAUAUAAUUUUUGUCGCGCAGACAGCUGAUAUAUGGGACGAAAGAAAUUCAGGAAAGGAAAAAUUGGUCUCUGUAUAUAACAGGGAUAAAUUAUGGCUUCAGCUGAAAAUGCAUUGUUGUAUAUCAAACAUCAUGUACUGAUCAAUCAAAUUGACAAUAGGUAGUCUCUUUACAGUUGAAAAAUGAAUACCCAUGGAUACAACUUACUGAACAUAAUUGAAUAAUGAUGACUUUCCUUUCGUGGGAGUUUUGUAUUUCAGCAGUCCAACAAUCUAUUGUGUUUGAUGUCUUCUUAUUA